AUGCUGAACAAUCUACGUGGCUCGGCCUUGAUAUGGGCCAUCACUUUGUCGUCAGGAUCUUGCUACCUGCUUUUUGGCUAUGAUCAGGGCGUUCUGGGUGGUCUGGUGUCUCAACCAAGUUUUCUCGAGGCCAUCGGCAACCCCAAUGCCUCAUUCCUCGGCACGAUCGUGGCCCUUUACAACGUCGGCUGUCUCGCCGGCUGCAUCUCAGCGGCGAUCUGGGGCAACAAAUUCGGCAGGCGGAACACCAUCCUUGUGGGCAAUGCCAUCAUGAUUGUUGGUGCCAUCAUUCAGACUGCCACCUACGGUUCUGGACAGCUGAUCGCUGGUCGCCUGAUUUCUGGCCUUGGGAAUGGCCUGAACACUUCGACCAUCCCAGUAUACGUCUCGGAGACAGCACGAAGCCACCGAAGAGGCCGGAUGGUAGCCGUUCAGCUUUCCAUCGUUAUCUUCGGAAUUGUUUUUGCCUACUGGCUUGACUAUGGAACGAUUAACAAUCUUGAGGGCGAGGUGGUCUGGCGUUUCCCUAUUGCCUUUCAAAUCGUCUUCGCCCUCAUUACUAUGGUCACCAUGCCGUUCCUCCCUGAAACUCCACGGUGGCUCUACUCUCACGAUCGGAAGGACGAGGCCGUCACUGUGCUCGCGAGACUCAUGGACACGACUGAAGACUACGAUCAAGUACAAUUUAUCAAGAACGAGAUGGAAGAAUCCCUAGAACUAGAACGACAACAAGGUUCCAUCACCCUGAAAGGCAUACUCAGCGACAAGACAGAGCUAAAGCCCAUGAGGCGGCUGCUUCUGUGCUUUUUCAUCCAGUUCUUUCAGCAAUUCAGCGGCGUCAACGCUGUCGUCUUCUUCGUGACCAUCAUCCUGGAGCAGAACGUGGGCUUGUCCAGCUCCACUGCCAGUCUGGCUGCUGGGUUUAUUCAAAUGGGUCUCUGGAUUGGCACGCUGCCAACGAUUUUUUACAUUGAUUCUUUUGGCAGAAGACCAACUCUUCUUAUCGGGUCGGUAGUACAGCUCAUCUCACUGGUCCUGUUCACGGUGGGAAUUGCCAAAAAAGGGGACAAUUACUCGAAUCUUGCUCUGGCCAUGUUGGUUCUGUUCCAGAUCACGGUUGGAAUGACCUGGUGCACAGUUCCGUGGAUCUAUGCACCCGAGAUCACGCCUCUUCGACUCCGGCACAUCGGCGCCGCCAUAGGCCCCUUCUCAGAAUGGCUUUGUACUUUUAUCAUUGUCCAGAUCACCCCCACUGCCGUUGAACACACGGGUUGGAAGAUUUUCCUGCUCUUCAUCCUGCUACAAGCUUUGAGCAUUCCCUGGGUCUACUUUUUCGUUCCCGAGACCGCGAAGAAAACACUCGAAGAGAUUGACUACAUUUUUGUCAAAGGCGAGGCUCGGGAUCGCCUCCACGAAAGAGUGCACGAGCAAGUCCAAGUCCAUCAACACACCUCGGAGUCGAAGGUGGGGGAAAGCCAAACCCUGGAAAUGACUGUGUCUCAUAAAGAGUAG